AUGAGGCCCAGAUUUGGAAUAGCAGUCAUACGUGAGCAGCUGCAGUUGUGGGAUCAGAAUUUGUCUGUGAAAGUAAAGAAAAAGCCUGGAGUUCCACUCAUGUUUAUUAUUCAGAACACUAUGGUCUUGGACAAACCUUCUCCCAAAACAAUCGCCUUUGUAAAGGCAGUCCAGGCAGGCGAGCUUGUCUCCGGCCAGGAGAAGCAAAGUAUCAGACAACUCAAAGAAGAACAGGGUUUAGUGAAAAACUCUGAACAAAGAAGAAAGAAGCGCAAGAAAAUAAGUGGCCCCAAUCCUCUCAGCUGUUUGAAAAAAAAGAAGAAAACACAGGAUACAAAACCAUCUUCUGCUUCUGGAAAAAGAAGGAAAAGAAUCCGUAAUAGAUCUACCUCAAAAAAAGUACUUUCUGAAAAACAGAAUGCAGAAGGAUAA